UUGUAGUUUUUUUAUUGAGCCAUUUUAUUGAGAUCACAAAUACACAGUGGUUGGCCUGGAGUGUUGCGCUUCUGUCUGACUGCAGCAAAACAAUGAGAUUAGAAAUUAUGAAAUAAGUUAGUUUGGCGAGCACUGGAUUCUAUCCCCGUUGGUUGGCAGUGUUCCGAGGUGUGGUGGAGGGUUUGACAUUGUUUUGGGGACUCAAUAAACACUGCCGGAUAAUUUCAUUGCAAAAAACAAUAGUAUAAAUAUCUGUUCUGUGUAGUCAGAGACCACAGCCAGUCCCUUCUGCUUCACCCUGCCCUACCCUGUUGUUGGCAGUGUUCCGAGGUGUGGUGGAGGGUUUGACAUUGUUUUGGGGACUCAAUAAACACUGCCGGAUAAUUUCAUUGCAAAAAACAAUAGUAUAAAUAUCUGUUCUGUGUAGUCAGAGACCACAGCCAGUCCCUUCUGCUUCACCCUGCCCUACCCUGUUGUCACUUGUCCCUUUUCCUUUGUUUCUUUCUUUUCUUUCUAUUUUGUAUCUGCCCUCUCUUUCUCUCUCUCUCUCUCUGGUUGUUUAGGGCAUUAAUGCAGACAAGGCUGCUCCUUUUCCCAUGUCUCAGGUGAGGGGUGUGACCCACUCAGUGACAUUGCCAUUCAUUGUCACAAUGGAAACAUUCUUGAGACAUUAUAAUCACCUAGUCCUUGCAUUUUAUUUUCUUAUUUUCAAAGCAGAAAGAAAAACAUGGUGGUCAGGCUUUACAAUUAAUGGAUAAAACACUGUGACAGCAAUACAAGGCAUGCUUGAUCUGUCAUCAGUGAUACACCCUGUUGGCCCAGGGCAAGCCACAGGCCUGGCUGGCUGGGGUUUAUGAUCCCAAUGGGCAUUAAUGCUGGCCCUGCCGCUCUCUUUCCUAUGUCUCAGGUACCCACUCACAAACUACACAUUUGGAACCAAGGAUGCACUGUACGAGAGGGACCCCAGUGUGCCAGCAAGAUUCCAGAGGAUGCGUGAAGAAUUCGACAAAAUUGGAAUGAGGCGAAGCGUUGAGGCAGUGCUACUGGUUCAUGAACAUGGGCUGCCACACGUCCUGCUGCUGCAACUUGGCACAACAUUCUUUAAGCUGCCGGGUGGGGAACUGGACACAGAAGAGGACGAAGUGGAGGGCCUCAAGCGGCUACUGACAGAGACCCUUGGGCGGCAAGACGGUGUCAAGCAAGAGUGGGUCAUAGAAGAUAUAAUAGGGAACUGGUGGAGACCAAACUUUGAGCCUCCACAAUACCCUUAUAUUCCUUCACACAUCACCAAACCCAAGGAACAUAAAAAGCUUUUCUUAGUUCAACUUGGAGAAAAGGCCCUGUUUGCAGUACCAAAAAAUUAUAAGCUUGUCGCCGCACCUUUAUUUGAACUCUAUGACAAUUCACAAGGCUAUGGACCAAUCAUAUCGUCUCUACCACAAGCUCUUUGCAGAUUCAAUUUUACCUAUAUGUAAGUUCCUGUGUAGUUUAUUGAGUAGGAGAUUUUGAGCUAUAAUACUGCAGUUUGAUAUUUUAACAAUUUGUAUAUUCUGUUUUAUUCAUGUAAGAUCCGACUUUCAAACUGUUCACAUAUCAAGAAGGAAUACCAGUUCCUGUAUUCUUUUUGAUAUGAUAAUGUUAAUAAUAUUUCAUUAUUUUUAAAAACUACUAUUCACAUCUCUUCUGUCUGAACCACAUUAUUUUUAAAAACUACUAUUCACAUCUCUUCUGUUCGAACCUUGGCUAGCCUUUUUUUAUUUAUUUAUUUAUUUUAUUUUUUUUAUAUAAAUAUUAUGAAGAGGAAGAAAACAGUAAAUCUGUGAGAAGUUAUAAUAUUUUGUUGUAAUGUGAGGUGUUUCCAUGGAGGCUUUCUGUGUGUGGUGACAUAAGCAGUGUCAGCUCUCCCAUCUGACAACCUGACUUAACACAAGAAGUACACAAGACUGAGGCACGUGGUGCUGCAUGGGACUUCUCACAAGUGUGCAGCACAAUGGGGACUGAACUUGGCAUUACAUGUGUUGCUCAGCCUAGUUUGACAGCCACUAUGCUGAUGGUACAAAAUAUUUUGUAAUUAUUCUUAGAUUUUCCUCAGUGUAAUGUCAUAGAGAAAAAUUUACUAGUGACUAUAGAGUGGUGGAUUUAAUGUUUGUGAUUUUCAUUCCAUGUGAAGUGUCAGUUAAGACCAAUUAAAUUAUAUGAUUGUCAUGUUUCGUUUUCAUCCCAAUACAGAUUCUCAAUAGUA